AUGGCCGCGCCCAUUGUGUACGACAGUGUGAAGAAGAAGAAGCAGUAUUAUAAGAAACUGUGUAUGGGCUUACAUAGGGAUGCACUGAUCUAUAUUUUUUUAACCUAUAGUACACGUGAUGUUAAGGAAGCACAAAAGCUCAUCGCUGAUGGAGCCAUUUUAGAUAGUCAAAAUUAUAGGAAUUCGACACCUCUUCAUUCAGCUGCUUCCGAGGGGCACAAAGAUGUUGUUAAACUUCUCAUCGGCAAAGGGGCCAAUCUUGAUAGUAGAAAUAAUUUCGGAAGUACACCUCUUCAUUUAGCUGCUUUCAAUGGGCACAAAGAUGUUGUUAAACUUCUCAUCGGCAAAGGGGCAAAUCUUGAUAGUAGAAAUAAUUUUAAAAGUCACAGAAUUGUCACUAAGCUUCUAAUCGAUGGAGGAGCCAAUACUGGUAUUAAAGAUAAUGCGGAUCGUGUACCUUUUAAAUAUGCUGCUCAGAAUG